AGUAAAUCUUUGUAUUCCAGAGGCCUUGGGCAGGAUCUGGGAUUAGAAGUUAGCCUGGGCUGCAUGGGAAGCUGGAGACCUAUACCGAGACUCUGUCUCGAAAAGGCAAAUCAAACCAGCGUGGUGGUGCAUGCCUGACUCAUGAUCCCAGCAAUCAGCAGGCUGAAGCUGGAAGAAUCAACGCAAGUUCGAGGCCAGCCUGGGCUACACACCCCUCCCACCCCAGUGAGAAGAAGCCAACCUAUUGGCGGGGAAAGGAGAUUCUGGAACAGAAGAGGAAGAGGGGUCUUCAAGAAGCAGGCAAGCUUUCGUGCCAUCAAGAGAAUUGCCAAGUUGUCUUCCACGGGACCGUCACGGAGUCACAAAUAUGUCCAGGUAAUUAAAUGCUUGUCUUGUGGACCUGGGCUUGGCUGGAAUGUGCAAGGGUCUUGAGGAUCCUUGCGUAGCUUCCCUGUGUUGAACUAUUAAGAGAAGAUGGCAAAAGUCAACAUAACUAGAGACCUCAUUCGUAGGCAAGUCAAGGAGCGGGGUGCCCUGAGCUUUGAACGGCGAUAUCAUGUCACAGACCCCUUUAUCCGACGGCUGGGCCUGGAGGCGGAGCUUCAGGGACACUCAGGCUGUGUCAACUGUCUGGAGUGGAAUGAGAAAGGAGACCUGCUGGCGUCUGGUUCCGACGACCAGCACACCAUUGUGUGGGACCCACUGCACCACAAGAAGCUGCUGUCCAUGCACACAGGACACACAGCAAAUAUCUUCUCUGUCAAGUUCCUGCCUCAUGCUGGAGACCGCAUUUUGAUCACGGGGGCAGCUGACUCCAAGGUGCACGUCCACGACCUUACGGUAAAGGAGACGAUCCACAUGUUUGGAGACCACACAAACCGGGUGAAGCGCAUUGCCACGGCGCCCAUGUGGCCUAACACGUUCUGGAGCGCCGCAGAGGAUGGGCUUAUCCGCCAGUAUGACCUUCGGGAGAACAGCAAACACUCAGAGGUGCUGAUUGACCUAACAGAAUACUGUGGCCCGAUGGUGGAGGCCAAGUGCCUCACCGUCAACCCCCAGGAUAACAACUGCCUGGCAGUAGGGGCCAGUGGGCCCUUUGUGAGGCUCUAUGACAUUCGAAUGAUCCACAACCACAGAAAGAGCAUGAGGCAGAGCCCUUCCGCAGGCGUGCAUACCUUCUGUGACCGACAGAAGCCCCUUCCGGACGGUGCAGCGCAGUAUUAUGUCGCAGGUCACCUGCCGGUGAAGCUGCCUGACUAUAACAGCCGUCUGAGAGUGCUGGUUGCCACCUAUGUGACCUUCAGCCCCAAUGGCACAGAGCUGCUAGUCAACAUGGGAGGAGAGCAGGUGUAUCUGUUUGACUUGACUUACAAGCAACGGCCAUAUACCUUCCUCUUGCCUAGAAAAUGCCACUCCGUGGAAGUCCAGAACGGCAAGAUGUCUACUAACGGGGUGUCCAACGGCGUGUCGAAUGGCCUACACCUUCACAGCAACGGCUUCCGGCUGCCAGAGAGCAAGGGGUGCAUCAGCCCCCAGGUGGAGCUGCCCCCAUACCUGGAGCGUGUGAAGCAGCAGGCCAAUGAAGCCUUCGCCUGCCAGCAGUGGACCCAGGCCAUCCAGCUCUACAGCCAGGCUGUGCAGAAGGCCCCGCACAACGCUAUGCUCUAUGGCAACCGAGCUGCCGCCUACAUGAAGCGCAAGUGGGACGGGGACCACUAUGAUGCCCUCCGGGACUGCCUCAAGGCCAUCUCCCUAAACCCUUGCCACCUGAAGGCACACUUCCGUCUGGCCCGGUGCCUCUUUGAACUGAAGUAUGUGGCCGAGGCUCUGGAGUGCCUGGAUGACUUCAAAGGGAAGUUCCCAGAGCAGGCCCACAGCAGUGCAUGUGACGCAUUAGGCCGGGACAUCACAGCUGCCCUUUUCUCCAAAAGUGAUGGUGAGGAGAAGAAGGCAGCUGGUGGUGGUGGUGGUCCAGUUCGCCUUCGAAGCACAAGUCGCAAGGACUCCAUCUCAGAAGACGAAAUGGUGCUACGGGAACGGAGCUACGACUAUCAGUUCCGCUACUGUGGGCACUGCAACACCACCACGGAUAUCAAGGAGGCCAAUUUCUUUGGCAGCAAUGCUCAGUACAUUGUCAGCGGCUCUGAUGACGGCUCCUUCUUCAUCUGGGAAAAGGAGACCACCAACCUCGUCCGAGUGCUGCAGGGGGAUGAGUCCAUUGUCAACUGCUUGCAGCCCCAUCCCAGCUACUGCUUCCUGGCCACCAGUGGCAUCGACCCUGUUGUGCGACUGUGGAACCCACGACCAGAGAGUGAAGACCUCACAGGCCGAGUUGUGGAAGAUAUGGAGGGUGCAUCUCAGGCCAACCAGCGGCGCAUGAAUGCCAACCCCCUGGAGGCGAUGCUGCUGGACAUGGGCUAUCGGAUCACAGGCCUGAGCAGCGGGGGCGCCGGGGCCUCUGAUGACGAGGACAGCGCAGAGGGCCAGGUGCAGUGCCGGCCCAGCUAGACCCUCCUGGCCCCAGUACCCAGCCCUGUGCAGGAGAUCAGAGGGCUGGGCUCUGUUUUGGUUUGUCUUUCCCACCCCCAUUUUUCAUUCUCCCCCCCCCCCUGUUUUGUUUGUUAGUUUGACUUUGUGGGUGGGGAUUGCUGCAACUUGCUGGCUUUCUGACUCUCGGGCUGAUUGUCCCUUGACUGUCCCCAGCCCCAGCAGAAAAGUAGGAGGGGAAGCCCCUCCGUAUGCCCUUACCUCCUGCUUCGGUGUCUCUGGAAGGCUCUGGCCCUUCUCAAAAUCCUUCAGCCUCCAGUGGAGAGGCAAGAGCUGAAGCUGUCUUUACGGACUGCCCAGCCCCUCCGCGGGCAACAGAAAGGGAGUGGAACUCCCUGCUGGCCGAGGCUUGCCUGGCCUGUUGUUGCCACUCUCCUGACUCCCGGGCUAGCUCCCCUGUGGUCUUUCCGGAAGGUCCCUCCACAGCCACCAGUGUUCGGGUGGAAGCAUAGGAAACAGGAUCCCGCAGUGGCAAGGUCAGGCCACCUGCCUGGGGGCAGUGGAGCUUCCUCCCCCGCUCCUGGCCUGUCCUAGGCUGUCUCGCUGUCUCUGAGGGCCUUGCCUUUCCUACAGUGUGACGGGGUGGGGUCCCUCCCUCCCCACCCACCUGCCCAUUCGAGUCCUUACGCGCCAUGGCCGCUCUCCUGGGGCGCUUCUCGGCCUCACUGUGACCUUUCUGCCAGAGCUCCCCGCCAGGCCUACCCUGCUGAGGUGGCUCUUCCUAAGGACCCUUUGCACCCUCUCCGCCCUCCUUCCCACCCACAUGCUGAGCCGCCACAAAGACCAAAGAAGUGAUGGCUUUUCUCUGUCCCCUGCUGCUCUGGGGGGAGGGGUUGGGAAAGUCCUUAGCUCAGCCAUCCCCCCUCAGCAGCCCCGAGCUUUACACUGGACACAGCGGCCACUCCACCACCAAGCCUCCCUCUCCCUCUGGCCCCUUGGUUCCUGCUCUGGAGCCGGGAGUUGGUUCAUGCCAGCCUCCCCCAGCCCUGUGUGCUUCCUCUGGGCGGCAGCCCUCCAGCUGCAGCCUCUGGGGAGAAGCAGCCUCCCUUCCCUCCCUCCCUCCAUCCCUCCCUCUCUCUCCUGUCCUCUCUCCCUCCCUCACCCCUGUCUCUGCCAGGUGCCUCCUCUCAGUCUAGCUUCUGAGCAGCCCUGGAGACUGGAGGGCCAUGUUAAAAGCUUUUUCACAGUUUUAAGGAGACGAGGGGGGUGAGGCUAGUGGUGGGGGGUCUGGCACCAUCUCAUUGCUUUAAUCUCAGCGACACAGGUGGCAGCUUCUCCCCCUUCCUGCCCACCCCAGGUCCUCUUCCCACCCUCUCUCCUAGCUUGGUAAUGAAGUGUAUUUAUUGGUGAAGGAAACAGCUGCUCUGCUGCUUCUCCUGCUGCUGGGACUUGCUCCCCUGUCUCUUCCUCAUGACCUUUCUCAAGCCAGGGAGGGGUAGCGAGAGUGUUGAGCUGGGCCCUGGGGCACAAGAACUAGCCAGGGUCCCUUUGCUUUCCUGUGUUCAAGCCACCUGCCAUCCCCCCUGUCCAUCCUCCUGUCUCCCGCCCGCCUGCCUAGCCUGGACCCUGCAGUGUGGAGAGACACAUAAGCCUUACUGUCCUCUGGGGCAGGAGCCGAGCCUUUUGUUGCUCUGCUCCCAGGAGAGUGAGGGUGACACAAUUGAUUAAAACCAUUUUGUUCUA